CUACAAUGAAUAGUGACGAAUCGUUUUCAGCGUUGGUCAAUACUGCCAAUCCAGCAGCGUCCGGAUACAGGCAGCGAGACUCCAACAACCCAUACAUCCAUUCAGAUUCUAAUCCUAAUAAUAUUACAUCGUCUAGUUAUCCUCCACAACCAAAUCUUAUGGAUCCCUUCUUUGACGACGACGACGACGACGCUUCUCAUUCUAACUUCACUAUGUACUCUGCUCAAAGACCAAUGCACUCCCAGGAGAGCGGUCUUCCUCUCGCUCGAUCAGCUGCACCCCCAGCUGGCAUAGGAACAUCCUCUACCUCGCUUGCAACAACACCUAACGGACAACCACAAGGCUGGGCAUUUGACGACAACUCUCUGUCCCCCGCGUUUUUACCUGCCCCUUCCUUCCCGGCAGAGCCCUCAAUACCCAUGCGCCCGCUCAAGCGACGCAGAAAGUGGAAAUGGCCCUGGCAGAGGGACAAGGAACUCACUGGCGAGCGUGUAAUCACCCUCAACAACGCACUUAUGAAUGUCGACUAUUGCUCAAACUUUGUUUCAACGAGCAAGUACAACAUGGUCUCAUUUCUUCCCAAGUUUCUUACUGAACAAUUCUCGAAAUACGCCAAUUUAUUCUUUUUGUUCACAGCAUGCAUUCAACAGAUUCCAGGUGUAUCCCCCACGAACCAGUACACUACCAUCGCGCCCUUGGCCGUGGUCCUCCUCGCUUCCGCAUUCAAAGAAGUUCAGGAAGACCUUAAACGACACCAAUCUGACUCCGAGCUCAACGCACGACUUGGUAAGGCCCUCUCCGGAAACACUUUCGCCGCACGGAAAUGGAAAGACCUACGUGUAGGCGACAUCGUGCGUGUGGAGUCAGAUCAAUUUAUGCCGGCCGACCUGGUACUCAUAUCCUCGAGUGAGCCCGAGGGAUUAUGUUACAUAGAGACUUCUAAUCUUGACGGCGAGACCAACCUCAAAAUCAAACAGGCUUCCCCACAAACCUACUCGCUCACCUCCCCAUCCCUCGCAGGCGCUUUGCAUGGUACAUUGCGGUCGGAACAGCCAAAUAACUCAUUGUACACAUAUGAGGGAACGUUGGAACUGUUGAGCGAUAUGAAUGUACCGAAGACUGUAUCGUUGGGUCCUGAUCAGAUAUUGUUGAGGGGCGCGCAGUUGAGGAAUACGCCGUGGGUGUAUGGGAUCGUAGUGUUCACAGGUCAUGAGACGAAGCUCAUGCGAAAUGCAACCGCGGCGCCAAUCAAACGUACGGCAGUCGAGCGCCAGGUCAACACUCAUAUCAUCUUCCUCUUCGUCUUCCUCCUUGCCCUUUCACUCGGGAGUACGAUUGGCGCCAGCAUCAACACAUGGUUCCUGUCCGGUCAGCAAUGGUAUUUAGCAGAGCCAAGCACAUUCACCGGGAAAGCAAAAGCAUUUAUCGAAGACAUUCUCACCUUUAUCAUCCUCUACAACAACCUCAUCCCCAUUUCACUUAUCGUUACCAUGGAAGUUGUCAAAUUCCAACAGGCCCAGCUCAUCAACGCCGAUCUGGACAUGUACUACGCGCCCUCCGACACGCCUGCGCUCUGCCGCACAAGCUCGCUUGUUGAAGAGCUCGGACAGAUCGAAUUUGUGUUUAGCGAUAAAACGGGAACGCUAACGAGGAAUGAGAUGGAAUUUAAGAAAUGCUCAGUUGCAGGGAUUCCGUAUGCGGACUUGGCGGAGGAGGGUGGGGAGGAGGGGGAGGAGGGUACGAGAACGUUUGAGGAGCUGCGGGGGCUAUUGCACGAGGACACAGGGAAGCCAUUCGGUACGGAGGCGAUUGAGAACAGAGAGCGGGAUGUAGCUAGAGAAUUCAUGGUGUUAUUGGCGGUGUGCCAUACGGUGAUACCGGAGGUGAGAGAUGGGAAGAUGCAUUAUCAGGCCAGUAGUCCGGAUGAGGCGGCGUUAGUGGCAGGGGCAGAGAUGAUGGGGUAUCAGUUCCAUACUCGCAAACCCCGUUCUGUCUUUCUUUCAAUCAACAACGCUCCUGCCGAGUACGAGAUUCUCAACAUAUGCGAGUUCAACUCGACGCGCAAACGUAUGUCGACGAUUGUGCGCACGCCCAGCGGUUCAAUCAAGCUUUUCUGCAAGGGUGCAGACACCGUCAUCCUCGAGCGUCUUGCCAAGGCGCAACAGUACACUGAGAAAACGCUUAUUCAUCUUGAAGACUACGCGACUGAAGGCCUACGCACUCUUUGCAUCGCAUACCGUGACGUCCCGGAGGCCGAAUACCGGCAGUGGGCCUCCAUAUACGAGCAAGCAGCUGCAACAAUCAACGGCCGCGCAGAUGCCCUCGACAGUGCGGCGGAGUUGAUCGAGAAGGAUAUGUUUUUGCUCGGGGCAACAGCUAUCGAGGAUAAGCUCCAGGACGGCGUACCAGAUACGAUACAUACGUUACAAAUGGCCGGGAUCAAGAUCUGGGUGCUUACGGGUGACAGACAAGAGACAGCGAUCAAUAUCGGCAUGUCUUGUCGGUUGAUCUCAGAGUCUAUGAACUUGGUCAUUGUGAACGAAGACAACUCGCGUGACACUGCGGAUUUUAUCCAGAAGCGACUUUCAGCGAUCAAAAAUCAGCGGAGUACGGGGGAGCUCGAAGAUCUGGCUUUGGUCAUAGAUGGCAAAAGCCUAGGUUUCGCACUUGAGAAAGACCUUUCCAAGUCGUUUUUGGAGCUCGCGCUCAUGUGUCGCGCAGUCAUCUGUUGCAGAGUAUCUCCGCUUCAAAAAGCUCUUGUCGUCAAACUUGUCAAGAAGAACCAGAAGAGCAUUCUCUUGGCAAUCGGUGACGGUGCGAACGACGUGAGCAUGAUCCAGGCAGCGCAUGUGGGCGUGGGGAUCUCUGGAGUCGAGGGUCUACAAGCUGCGCGGUCUGCGGAUGUGGCAAUUUCACAGUUUAGAUUUCUCAAGAAGUUAUUGCUGGUUCAUGGCGCGUGGAGUUAUCAGAGACUAUCGAAACUCAUCCUUUACUCGUUUUACAAGAACAUUACGCUUUACAUGACGCAGUUUUGGUAUUCCUUCUUCAAUAACUUCUCGGGGCAGAUUGCCUACGAAUCAUGGACGAUAUCAUUUUAUAACGUCAUCUUUACCGUUCUUCCCCCUCUCGUCAUCGGCGUGUUUGAUCAGUUCGUAUCUGCACGAAUUCUAGACCGAUACCCACAACUAUAUGCACUCGGGCAGAAGAACGUCUUCUUCACCAAGACAGCAUUCUGGCUCUGGGUAGGCAAUGCGCUCUAUCACAGUCUCAUUUUGUUCACGUUCACUGUGAUUUUGUUUUGGGGAGAUUUGAAGCAAGCGACGGGUUUGGACUCCGGGCAUUGGUUUUGGGGUGCCAUGCUUUACCUGGCUGUUCUCCUCACUGUCCUUGGCAAAGCCGCUUUGGUGUCUGAUUUGUGGACAAAAUACACUGUUGCUGGUGAGCACAAAUCUUCCUCUAUGAACAGACAUCCAACCGACAUCUUUUCCUCAGCGAUUCCUGGGUCGUUCGUUUUCACUAUGCUCUUCCUUCCUUUAUACGCCGUUGUUGCUCCUGCCAUUGGAUUCUCUACCGAAUACUAUGGACUUGUGCCUCGUCUAUGGACUGAUGCUGUGUUUUAUUUUGUCCUCAUCCUUGUUCCUGUCGUCUGCCUGACCCGCGACUUUAUUUGGAAAUACUACCGACGAACAUAUAUUCCUCUUCCAUAUCAUAUCGCUCAAGAGCUCCAAAAGUACAACAUUCCCGACUACCGUCCGCGUCAAGAACAAUUCCAAAAAGCGAUCAAAAAAGUCCGCGCCGUCCAGCGCAUGCGCCGGAACCGCGGGUUUGCAUUCAGUCAGACAGAGAACGGUCGUCAAGAUCAGGCAAAACUCAUUCGUGCUUACGAUACAUCCAAGUCGAGCACACGACCGUCGGGAUAUUAGACACGAGAGAAAGCGUGAUUUGCUCCAUCUGACAUUCAUGGAUUGUAUUGUAUAACUGGGACUAAUUCAUACACCGCCAUUGUAGAAUGAUUCUUCAAUGGAUUUAUUGUUGUGUUGCCGUUUUUAUUCGAUGGUGAUGGGACGACGUCGAAGUACUACCGUAUUUUCGAUUUGCUGCCGAUCC